CAUUUUGGGUGGAAGCGAUCGCUGAGUGGCGGCGGCUGCUGCUUGUGUUCUGAGGGGACAGAGUAGGGGAAGCCGUUUGUUCUCCCGGCACAGCCUAGCUCAUCCCUUUCCUUUGACGACCCGUGGCGCAGAGAAUCAGGGCGGCGGCUGCAGCAGCAAGGGCGGAGGUGGCGGCGGCGGCAGCUGCAGUGACAUGUCCAGCAUGAAUCCCGAAUAUGAUUAUUUAUUCAAGUUACUUCUGAUUGGUGACUCUGGGGUUGGAAAGUCUUGCCUCCUCCUUAGGUUUGCAGAUGACACAUACACAGAAAGCUACAUCAGCACAAUUGGUGUGGAUUUUAAAAUAAGAACUAUAGAGUUAGAUGGGAAAACAAUCAAGCUUCAAAUAUGGGACACAGCAGGCCAGGAAAGAUUUCGAACAAUCACCUCCAGUUACUACAGAGGAGCCCAUGGCAUCAUAGUCGUAUAUGAUGUUACAGAUCAGGAAUCCUUCAAUAAUGUUAAACAGUGGCUGCAGGAAAUUGAUCGUUAUGCCAGUGAGAAUGUCAACAAGCUGUUGGUAGGGAAUAAAUGUGAUCUGACCACAAAGAAAGUAGUAGACUACACAACAGCAAAGGAAUUUGCUGAUUCCCUUGGAAUUCCAUUUUUGGAAACCAGUGCGAAGAAUGCAACGAAUGUAGAACAGUCUUUCAUGACAAUGGCAGCUGAGAUUAAGAAGCGGAUGGGCCCAGGAGCGACAGCUGGUGGUGCCGAGAAGUCCAAUGUGAAGAUUCAGAGCACCCCAGUCAAGCAGUCAGGUGGAGGCUGCUGCUAAGAUCCGCCUCCGUCCUUCUCACAGCAAAGAGUUUGCAAUCCGAACCCAAGUGAAAAAAACAAAAUUGCCUGAAUUGUACUGUAUGUAGCUGCACUACAACAGGUUCUUACCGUCUCCACAAAGGUCAGAGAUUGUAAAUGGUCAAUACUGACUUUUUUUUUAUUCCCUUGACUCAAGACAGCUAACUUCAUUUUCAGAACUGUUUUAAACCUUUGUGUGCUGGUUUAUAAAAUAAUGUGUGUAAUCCUUGUUGCUUUCCUGAUACCAGACUGUUUCCCGUGGCUGGUUAGAAUAUAUUUUGUUUUGAUGUUUAUAUUGGCAUGUUUAGAUGUUGGGUUUAUUUUAGUCUUCUGAAGAUGAAGUUCAGCCAUUUUGUAUCAAACAGCACUACCAGUGUCUGUCACUUCCAUGCAUAAAGUUUAGUGAGAUGUUUUAUGUAAGAUCUGAUUUGCUAGUUCUUCCUUGUAGAGUUAAAAUGGAAAGAUUACACUAUCUGAUUAAUAGUUUCUUCAUACUCUGCAUAUAAUUUGUGGCUGCAGAAUAUUGUAAUUUGUUGCACACUAUGUAACAAAACUGAAGAUAUGUUUAAUAAAUAUUGUACUUAUUGGAAGUAA